AUGUUGAUGUUUUCUUUGCCGCGUUUCUUUUGCGCGACAUGGAUCACGGUAAUGAUGAUGAUGGUAUCACUUCAGAUGCAUGGUUAUAGAUGUUGCCUCCAGACGGAAAGGAAGGGUUUGUUGGAGCUCAAGGCCUAUCUCAACAUCUCCGAGGGUUUGUUGGAGCUCAAGGACAAUAUCAACAGCUCCUACUUUUGGCCUACUGACAUGAACAGCGACUGUUGCCAGUGGAAAGCAGUCAACUGUGAUAUUACUAGUGGUCGUGUAAUCGGGCUCUUCAUAAACUAUGCAUACACAGUUCCUCCCCUAAAUCUUUCUUUGUUCUAUCCCUUUGGAGAAUUACGCACGCUAAACUUUUCUUGGAUCCCAUGUUCAUAUUGGUACGAUGAUAUCUAUGGCUACGAAAGCCUCGGAAGAUUGAAAAAUCUUGAGAUUCUGGAGUUUAGUUCAAGCGGACUAGAUAGCAGUAUAUUACCUUUUCUGAAUGCUGCUUCGUCACUUAGGACUUUGGUUCUUAGAGGAAACUCAAUAGAAGGAACUUUUCCGAUCAAAGACCUUAAAGAAUUAAGAAACCUAGAAGUGCUUGACUUAAGCCGUAACCGAUUUAGUGGCCCUUUACCAGACUUGGCGUAUUUGCAUAAGCUAGAAGCUUUGGAUUUAAGCGACAACUCUUUUUCUGUAUCAUCGGAAACAAAAGGCAUGAUUGUACAUUACAGAUCAAAUCUGCGAGAGCUUGAUCUGAGUGGAAACGGACUUGUGGGUCGGCUUCCUUUGUGUUUUGGUAGCUUAACCAAACUCAAAGUUCUUGAUAUCUCUUCAAAUAAACUCAAUGGGACAAUUCCAUCUCUUAUCAGUAAUCUCACUUCCCUUGAGUACCUAUCUCUAUCAAAUAAUGAGUUUGAGGGUUUCUUCUCUUUUGAGUUAAUUGCCAACCUCUCUAAGCUCAAGGUUUUUCAGACUUUCAUCUAA